AAUCUUUUUUAUUUUUAUUGUUACGUUUUUAAUUAGGAGUGCGGAAUGCAAAUAUAGCGAUAAAGUAAAUAAGGUAAAGCAUGAGAUUGAGCGUUGAGGAUGCAGCCUAGGUAAAAUCCGUAAUAUAAGAUAAUAGAGUUAAAGCAUCCAAGAGGUGACUGGGAAAGCGAACUCGCAAGUAGUAAACAUUAAAUGCUUUUAUUCGGUAUCGAGGGCUGCGGUGACUCUGGUCCUCUGCUAGACCCUCCAACACGGCUUCGAGAGCAGCAGGAAGAGGAGCUGCGACAACGAAGUACUGUUGUCCAUAGCUUGUACGAGACGAGCGAGACUUUUAUAAAUCCCGAUGGACGCUACAGACGGUUCACCAUGGAACAACUCCAGUGGCUGCGAAGAGGAGCGCAGACCAGCCCAAAAAGAGGGAAAGAAAUCCAAUGUUCUACCUCUAUGGGGGAACGAGCGUACCAUGAAUCUCAAUCCACUAAUCUUAACAAACAUACAAUCUUCGCAUUAUUUCAAAGUCAACUUGUACGAGCUCAAGACGUACCACGAGGUUAUAGAUGAAAUUUACUACAAAGUUUCGCAUUUAGAGCCGUGGGAAAAGGGCAGUAGAAAAACAGCUGGUCAAACUGGCAUGUGUGGAGGGCGGUUUAUGCAGGUCAGGGGCGUUGGUGCGGGAGGUAUUGUUUCAACGGCAUACUGUCUGCUCUAUAAACUCUUCACAUUAAGACUGACAAGAAAACAGUUGAACGGAUUGAUCAAUCAUCCCGACUCCCCGUACAUUCGAGCAUUGGGCUUCAUGUAUAUUAGAUACACUCAACCACCUCCAGACUUAUUUUCAUGGUACGAUGAUUACUUGGAGGACGAAGAAGAAUUGGAUGUGAAAGCAGGUGGUGGUCAAAUUAUGAAAAUGGGAGACAUUUUAAAACAGUUUUUAACAAAACUAGAAUGGUUUUCAACAUUGUUCCCCAGAAUACCAGUGCCUAUUCAAAAGGAAUUGGAGCAAAGAUUGGCAGAAAAAUUUCCACAUAAUACAGGAAAUUUGAGAGGGUCAAAACCAUCUAUAACUUUAAAUAAUCAAGGAAAAUAUAGUAGUAGUAAUAGUAGAAAGGAUGAUGGAAUAAGAACUCAGCAGCCACGACACAUUCCAGAUAGUGAAGUGCAAUGGGGCGAGGCUGAACGAACGAGUUACUGGCGUGCCAGAUCCAAUGAGGAUCGAAGGGAUAGACCGAAAGGCCGUGACAGUAGAGGAAAGGAUAGAAUUAGAGAACGAGAAAGAGAAAGAGGUAAAGAUAGAGAUCGCGAGCGUGAUCGAGAGAAGAACUAUGGACGAUCGGAGAGCCGCGAAAGGACUCGUCGUUCCAGAGAUUAUAGAAGUCGAAGUAGAGAAAGAUCCCACAGAGAACGAAGUAAGGAUCGAUAUCGCGAUCGGGAAAAACAUCGAGAAAGGCGAAAUUCACCAUUAAAUGCCUCUGAACUUUCACGAGAAAGAGAGCGUCAACGAAGAGCGUGAAAAAAAGUAGGCAGUUGAAUCUGUUUGAAAUAAAAGUAAAUACGUUAUAAAUAUUACCAACUUACAUCAGGAAUAUACAACAUAACUGUAUUGUACAGUGAAAUAAGAAAUGAAAUUGUCGAAUUUGUAGGAGUGAUAAACUAUAUAAAGGGACAUAAUAACGCCUUUAAUAUUUCAUACUUAAAAAGCUAGUAUUUAUAUAUAAUACUAGUGUAAUGAGAAAAUCGUUUUCACAUAUAUCAUUUUAUAUUUUGAAUGAACUUUUUCAUUAAGA